AUGGCUAAAAGUUUUGGUGUAUACCUGAACCUAAAUUAUAUUGAUCUAAGCAGUAACAAUUUUUAUGGUGAGCUUUCUGAGAAAUGGGGGCAGUGCCACAUGCUCACAAGCCUGAACAUCUCCAACAAUAAUAUUUCUGGUGCUAUACCACCUCAACUUGGGAAAGUAAUUCGACUGCAACAACUUGAUCUCUCUACCAAUCAUCUAAGUGGGAAGAUCCGAAAAGAAUCGGGUAUGUUGCCCUUAUUGUUCAAAUUGUUGCUAGGCAACAACAGUCGAUCUUUCAGGAAGAAGAGAAACAUCAAGUCGACCGAAGAAGAUGUUGAAGAUCUAUUUGCAAUAUGGGGCCUUGAUGGGGAAUUGUUGUAUGAACACAUCAUACAGGGGACUGACAAUUUCAGUUCAAAACAGUGUAUUGUCACUGGAGGAUAUGGUACUGUUUACAAGGCUGAGUUGGCACAGUGGCCACCAUUGUCAAAACCGUUUUCCAUGAUUACUUUGGGUGAGCUGAUGAGUCAUGGUCAUGGAGGUUUGAUCAACUUCUGUUCUGUUUUUCACUCUAUUCAAAGAGCUAAAACAAGGCUGCUAUCUUCACAAGGUUUCUCUGGGAUGAAUUUGUUUAACCAAAGUAGCCGGAGCAAAGUUCAGUGUGAAAUGAUCCUGGCCUUCUCAUCCUUUGUUGAUUACUUUUGGCCAAGAUUCUUCGUACUCAAGAAUGUGAGGAACUUCAUGUCUUUCAACAAACGACAGCAGUCAAAGUCUAGUAUGUUGAGGAAGAGAAAAACCAAGUCUCCAGAAGCAGAUGUUGAAGAUCUAUUUGCAAUAUGGGACCAUGAUGGGGAAUUGUUGUAUGAGCACAUCAUACAGGGCAUUGACAAUUUCAGUUCGAAACAGUGUAUUGACACUGGAAGAUAUGGCACUCUUUACAAGACUGAGAUGCCAAUAGGUCGGGUUGUUGCUGUGAAAAAACUUCACUCAUCAGAAGAUGGAGAUAUGGCUGAUUUGAAAGCUUUCAAAAGUGAGAUUCAUACUUUAACACAUAUAAGGCAUCGCAAUAUCAUCGAGUUUUAUGGCUUCAGUUCAUUUGUAGAGAACUCAUUUUUGGUUUAUGAGUUUAUGGAAAAGGGGAGCCUGAGAAACAUUCUUAGCAAUGACGAAGAAGCAGAAAAAUUAGAUUGGAUGGUGAGGCUAAAUGUUGUUAAAGGCGUGGCUAAAGCUUUAUCCUAUAUGCACCAUGAUUGUUCACCUCCCAUAAUUCAUCAAGACAUAUCGAGCAACAAUGUGUUGUUAGAUUCAGAAUAUGAAGCUCAUGUAUCUGACUUCAGCACGACUAGGUUUUUAAAGUCAGACUCGUCUAAUUGGACUUCAAUGGCAGGAACUUUUGGUUAA